GUAAGAGAGAGAGAGAAAGAGAGAUAAAGAGAGAGAGCAGAGAAGGGAAGUGUAAGGCUCUGCAAAGACUGAGCAUUGCCGUUAACGGUGGAAUUCCGGUGACUCGCCGCCGUUGGUGUUGGAACGUGAUAUAUUAGCGAGUUUGGUUACAUGAGAGAAGGGAGAAGAAGUUCAUGGAUAGAACCAGAGAAUCCCGAAGAUCAUCCAUGGUCUCCUCUACCAAUGGAUUUCCGAGACGCAGACAUCGAACUAUAGCUCUCAGAGAUUCUUCCGAGGAAGGAGCGAUGGAGUUGAGGGAAGGUGCGAGCAAGAGGGGAAGGAAUCGAGAUAGGGAUAGGGAUUCGGCGAACAGGAGCAAGAGGAGGAGAGGCUCUCACUCUCACAGGGACGAAGGUGAACAAAGCACCGAAGAGAGCGUUGGAAAUGAACAAGACGACGACGUUCAAGACGCUGGGAUUUCUAAGAUCCGUUCAGCUAAUACUAUGUCGUCCGCCUCCGAUCAAAACCACCGCCGGAGCCUAACGCCCGCCAGACCGCCGCCGUUUAAGAUAACGGAGGAGAUGAUCGGCGUGACUGUUCCAAGGAAGGCUCGUUCAGCUUCUGUGAAAAGGUCUCACGAGAGUUGGGUCUCCGCAGGCGGCGGCGGGGAGGAUCAAAAUUGCCGGCAACGGUCGAAUUCCCCCGGAAGUGGGGAACCGGCCUCGCCUUCUUCUUCGAAUGUUUCUGCUGUUCGGAAGAAGAUGAAAGCGAUUGAAGCUGUUCCUAAGACAUCGAAAUCGCCUUCAUCAGAGAUCGAGAUUGAGAUAGCUGAGCUUCUGUACGGUUUGAAGACUUCAAAGAACCACGAGUCUUCUUCGAAAAUGCUUGAAGCAAGUGUCAAUCACCAUGCUUCCUUGUCUUAUCAUGUUGAGAAGAAGAACGUGGAAGACAACAAUUUCUCCACUGUCGUUCCGAAUAACUCAGCUGAAGAGUUAGUCAGAAUUCGGAGGGAGCAACCUGCUGAUGUGGAUUGUCAUGAUGGUGGUGCUAUUGGUCAUGAAAAUGAAUCAUUAGGGGUUCUAAAAGCGGACGUUGGGGAAGAAAAAGUGAAUUCAGGUGGUGGAUUUGGUGCUUCAGCUGAUGAAAGAUCCGUCUCAUCUACAAGGGAAUCGCCAUCAUUCUCCAAAUUGAAUGCUGAUGAAGAGGAUGCAGCUUCUACCAGAGUGAUGUCUGCUGUUCCAGAGGCCAACACCCAACGAGUAGGCAAGUUUGAGAUAGAUCUGAUGGCUCCUCCUCCUAUGGUGCUGUCCCCAGAAGGGGAUGACUUGUCAAGGGAUGAUUUCACAUCAGAAACUAAAUCUGUGGCACUGGAUGUAGGAAUGAAGAGGGAAGAUACUCUCAAGGUUGAAGACAAGGUGGAAAGACCAGUUAACAAAGAGAAAACUCCAGAAGAAAUCAAAGAGGCGAAUAUGGUAACGUUUAAGGAAAAUUUAAAUGUGAUACAACAUGAUUUGGAGAGGCCAAGCAAUGACAAUGACAAUGACAUGAGGACGACAAACAGUAAAUUGGAAGAGCAGGAUAGGAAUAAGGAACUGCCUACUAUAUCGUCGAUUUCCAAAGUAGAGAAAGCUGCUCAAUCUAUUUCAAUGUCUUUAUCAACGACUGAAUCAAGACGGCCAAGCAGUCUCUCUUCUAUUAGGUCAAUAACUAUGAUUGGCAGACACAUGCCGCCCUUGCAGCAAGUUCUGGAGACAGAUAAAACCACAGGAUCAUUGACACCACAGUAUCUGAAUUUUGUUCCUUCUCAACCUCAACCAAAGAGAUGUGCAACCCAUUAUUACAUUGCUUGUAACAUCUUACAUCAGCAGUUUACAAAGAUGACCCCCCCCUUGCCAGCAGCUAUUGGCUCUAGUUCUCUGUGUGGCGCAAAACCCAACAAUGUCAACAGUGUGCCCUCUGCAGAAAGUAUGAUCUUUAGGAAGCAAUCUCAAAAACACUUGUCAACUGUUAACCAAAAUGCUACUCAAGAGAAAGGGCAGGUUACAUCAAACCAUCCAAGUCUUUCUGCAGCAAAAAGUUCUAAUAAUGCCAACCCAAUGGAUUCGACAACACAGAGGGUGCAGCUUAUGGUCCAGCAAGGUUCUAAUCCCGGGUCAACUGGUAAUUUAGUGCAUGGUCCUGUUUUCUUAUAUCCUCCUGGCCAGCAUCAAGCAUCAGUAGCAGCAGCUACUAAUCAGGCAGGAGGUGUGAAUUCCCCUAACAGCGUUUCCUCAUAUAAUAAGACCCAUGGCUCAGUUGGUGGAUCUCUGGGUACUUCCUCAAAUUUGCCAGUAGUUGCUCCUGCAAUAAGCUUUAGCUACCCAAAUUUUUCAGCCAAUGGUUCUCCGUAUAUGACAAUAGUUCACAAUAAUGGCUAUUCAUUCCCUUUUUCAACUUCUAUUGGAGCAACUGCAGCAACCAGAGGUGCAAGCGCUGCACAAGCAACACAUUUACUCAAUGGGCCUUUCUACUCUUCCCAAACGUUCCAUCCUCUUCAGCAUCCACAUCAGCACUCCCAGUCACAAGCUCUGGUUCAACCAAGUUAUCUUAAUGCUAGCACAUCAAGUGGUUCAUCAUCUCAUAAGCAGUCACAAGGCGUGCAAAGUAAUGGCAACAAUACUUCAACCUCUACAACUGUAGAACAACAGUCACAAAAGCGACAAACGUCACUAUCUCAUCUUCGCAAGCACGAGAUUGAGAUGGGUGGAGGGAAUGUGCCUUCAGUUGUUAAUCGACCAUCUUACCCCCAGAAGAAUAUGCAUGGGCAGAACUUCACAAUUCCAGUUCAACCUGUGAACCUUUCUUUCAAGCCAUCUGCAACAUCAGAUAUUGUUAGUGGCAAUGGUGGAAAUGUUGGUGACAAACUGCAACAGCAGCAGAACAUAAAGGGGGGAGUUGAGAUUAUACCAUCUCAAGCAUUUGCAAUAUCAUUUGCUGCAUUCAAUGGUACCAGUGUUCCUUCAAACCUGAACUUCUCAUCCAUGACGCAGAACCCUGUGAUACUUCAUAGCCUGCCUGAUAUUGCUUGGCAAGGGUAUCAAGCUGCAUGCACACCUCAUACUACUCAGCAAAAGACUUAUCCAGUUACUGAAGCAAAGAGUGGAGGAAAUUCUUCACACCAAGAUGAUGAAAAGAAAACCACUCAUGGGAAGUCUUCAACCAAUGGACCAACCACCCUUGUUUUUGAUAAUUCAUCAAAGAAUCUUAACUUUGUGCUAUCUCCUACAAAUGGAAACCGGUCUAGUCACACCACUGCUUCAACUGCAAUAACAAGUGUGCCUCUUUCUAGUAAUGCUUCUAGUUCUCAACAGCCACCCCAGUUGCUUCAGCUUCAGAAGCAGAGUGGUAUGCAACAGCACCAACCUUCCAUGGCUACUCGAUAUAAAGCAUCAUCCACCAAUACUACUGCUACAAAAUAUACAAACAAUGCCCAUGUUUUCUCACCACCUCUUUCUCAAAGCAAAAGUUCGAACCAAGCUUCUCACACUAAGACCUCGGGUAGAUCUACAGAUUCUCACGUUCAUCACCCAUCUAUUAUUAAUACUCCCACCCUCAAAAAAAUUUCUCAGGAGCAGGGGAGAGUUUUGCAGGGUCAUAUGCAAAUUUCUUUUGGGGGAAAUUACAUCACAUCCGUGCCACCCCAAGGCCAACAACUACCCAAUAGCAACCAGCCUUUGUGUGCAACAGCUGCAGGAACUCCAUUUAGUGGGGGCAACAUGAAACCAAAUUCGGAAGGAAGUAAAGUUAGUUUGUCAGUGAACACUUCACAAUCGCAACAAGCUGAAAAUUCUUCUGCUGGGAAUGGCCAAAAAUCUUCUCCAGUUUGUGGGAGAAAUGUCCCAUCGAUCUUAAGCUCAUGCCCCAGCCACUUGUCAGAGCUAAAAUAUUAGAAAUCAAAUCUUAUACUGCUCCAAGAUAUAAGGUUUUGUCUGCAAUUCCACUCCUAAUCUGAUGAAAUCAGCAUAUGUUCUGGAAGCCCUUGCUGUUACUGCUUUAUGUUCAAACUGCACUUAUGGGUUUUGUUACUGUCCUUGUGGUUACCCCACAUUCAUUUAGGUUGCUGGGUAAGAUUGAAAAGAAAAGGUUUUGGUAGCUUAUAUCACUUUGUCGAGGAUACGAUUAGAUGUCAUAGCAUCCGGGUGCUGAAGUUUUGCUGGCAGUUAUUUGCUUAGGUGGCAACGAUAUGAGAGGUGUAAAAGCAAUGUCAAUGUGGUAUACGCUUAUCUGACAUUCGGUGUUGUAACAGGGAAUUUGUUAUGACAUUUGCUGGUGGGGAGUUGACAUGACAAGGAAUGGAUAGGGGGAUAAUGAAAGGAAGCUGGGAUCCUUUAAGCCUGCAAUUUUGAAAUAGUUAUUACUAUUAUCAUGUUUAAUUUCUUGGUUGGUUGGCUUCUGGAAGGCUUUGACGUUCUCGAGUCGUGGGGUCUAAUUAAAUUGACGUAUUAAAGCAGAUUCUAUUAUGUGUAUAUAUUAUGAUAUUUUUUUACGCUCCCAUAGCAAAAGAUGUACUUCAAUUCAUUUUUUAAUGAAAAAACCUGCAACCAUUUCUUCAACUUUGUUGUUAAUAGAGGGUGGCUUGUUGGGGCAAUGAAUGAUCGAGACCCGAGAGAUGGCACAGUAAAUGAGAAUGCAAAAUAACCCGGGAAUGGAUCGUCUCUUUGCUUUUUGGCGUUUCCUUAUUUCUUUCCAUAUUGCUUGAUUUUUCAUUCAAUGCAGACCUCAAUUCCCGAAAACUCAGCUGCUGGCACUGCAUAAAUAUGAACCCAAAAACAGGAUGAUGAUCAAGUGAAGGAAAGUGAUGUCACUUACAACUUAUCAAUUGUCAUUUUUCUCAUGUGUCGCUUUUGCUAAGGUACAAGCAUAUGUUGCUUUUAUUUUAGACUUUUAGUACUGCCGCGGUCCUUUGCAUGGAGCAAGACUACCAGAAUACUAGUUUCCUUUGUCGUUUGCAAUAGAAU